AUGCCCAAGCUCGUCUCAAUCAUUGGUGCCACUGGCAUCCAGGGCGGCUCUGUGGUCCGGGCACUCCUCAGCGAUGAUGCUUAUACCGUCCGGGCUAUCACCAGAAACUCGAAAAGCGCGGCGGCUGUCUCACUUCGCGACCUUGGCGCCGAAGUUGUACAAGCUGAUCUUAACGACAUUGCCUCCCUCCAAGCUGCAUUUGUCGGCUCCUAUGCCAUCUUCGCAGCGACCAACUUCUUCGAACCUUUUGCAACUCUUGGCGUGGACAAUGCAAUCGACACCGAAUCAACUCAGGGUAUAAACCUGGCCAAAGCUGCAGCCGCAACGUCAACCCUUCAGCACUACAUCUGGUCGACGCUUCCCAAUGCAGCUCAAAUCAGUCAAGGCAAAGCUAUCAUACCGCACUUCGUUUCCAAGAACAAAGUCGACGACUACAUUAGGUCAGACCUAGAGUUGUUGCGUAAGACGACGUUUCUUUGGGUCAGUAUGUACGCCUCGAAUUUACAGUACCCGUUUUACAAACCAAUUGCAAUUCCAAGCGCUGGUCCGGAUCAGUACAUUCAACUGCUGGCAACUCCAUCCUCGGUACCAUUCACUCUGAUUGGUGAUGCAAGAACCAAUGUUGGACUCUUUGCUCGGGCAAUCUUGGACCAACCUCAAACGACCCUUCCAGCUAGGUUCGUUCUCGGUGCGACAGAUCAGAUGACUGCAGGAGAGCUUCUUUCGCUGUGGGCAUCGGUCAAUGAAAAGAAGGCAGAAUACAUCACGGUUAGUAAAGGGACGUACUACAACUUGUGGCCUGGUUGGGCAGAGUUGAUGGACGCCGCACACACGUACUGGGAACUUGUUCAGGAAAAAAGUUAUUCGGGGGAGGAUGUCCUCGUGACAAAGGAAGAUCUGGGUAUUGUUGGCUUG